AUGUCAAUAAAAGUAAUAAUUAAUUUCUUGGAUCCCAUAAACAAAACUUUUAGUUUUAUUGAACCUAAUAUACUUGAGAUUGGUAGAGAUGAAGUACGUGUUGACGAUAAAGCUCUUAAUAAAAUACAAGCGAGAUUUGAAAUUAGGAAUGGUAAAGUUUAUGUUACAUCGCUUGGAUCAAAUGUAAUGAUGCGUGGAUCUGAACAAAUAAGAAAAAACAAUAAAGUAGAAGUUCAACAUGGCGAGACAUUAACAUUAAUGCAGACAAAAUAUCCAUUUACAGUGUCCAUCUUAUUACAAUCAAAAGAACAAAGACAAAGCAAAGAUAAUUUCACAACCUCAAAGUCUUCUUCAUUCUCGACGAUUAAAGAUGAUGAUUUGACGAUUAAAGAUGAUCAUUCUACAUUUAAAGAUGAUAUUACUCAUUUGUCACCAUCAUACCAAUUUUCGAUUGGGGGAGUAUCUUCACAAGGAUCUUCUGGAUCACUUUCUAAUGAUGUUAAUCGUGAAAGUGAUGACGAAAUAAAGGCAGUGACAGCAAUAGUAAAAAAUGAAAAUUUUGAUGGAAAUAAAAUUAAAAAAAAGAAAUCCUCUGAUACACCAAAGGUCUAG